CCGUGACGGAAGCAGCGGGGGCAAAUGGCGGCGCGAUGGUCCAGGGCCCUGCUCGCAGCGCCGCCGCCAUCGUAGUCGUCCUCCCCCCGGCGCGCAGGAAGCGGCGGCGGCGACGGCGCAGGGGGCGGCGGCGCCGCGUCCUCCCGCCCUAGUCCGGCCGCGGAGGGUCGCUCGGCCCCGGCGGCGGAGGCGGCUCUUCCCGCCGCUCCUCCGGGCCUCCUGAGAGAAUAUGAAACAAGGGUCAAAAUGACAUCCAGAUUUGGGAAGACAUAUAGCAGGAAAGGUGGUAACGGCAAUUCAAAAUUCGAUGAAGUUUUUUCAAACAAACGGACCACUCUUAGUACAAAAUGGGGAGAAACGACCUUUAUGGCCAAGCUAGGCCAGAAGCGGCCCAACAUCAAGCCAGAUAUUUCUGAGAUCCCUAAGAAACCCAGAGUAGAAGAGGAAGCAAUAGAAGAUCCGUUUGGAUUUGACAGCGAUGAAGAAUCUUUGCCAGUUUCUUCAAAAAAUGUGUCACAGGCUAAAGGUUCCACUCAGCUGGAGUUUGUUGAAGCUUCUCAGCCUGGAGACUUCUCUUCUGUACUUGAGCCUAGUAGCAAAAUUCCUCCAUCAGUUGGUGAAGAUAGUUUGUUCGGGAAAUGUGUGUCUUUUGAUAAUGCAGUGUAUGACUUGAAAGAGAAGGAUUCAGCCAGAAACACUGCGGAUGGAGACUUCAAAAGUAGCAGUGCUAACCCUGUAGCUGCAGAUACUGAACUGAAUUAUCCUGAGGACAAUGAGAACAGCCAUUUCUUCUACAAGAAUGCUGAAGACAACACAGUUAAUGCUCAGAUAGCAGAAAUUCCUGGAUACAACAUUGAAAUCAAGGACUCUCAUGAUUCUUGGGAUUCCCAUCUUGCAAAUAGAGACUCUCCAUCAGAUGUAUCCCAUACUAAAGGAUCACUUAUAACUGGCUUAUAUGAUUGGGAAGAUGAAAAUGAGGACGCCCAAAGAGGAGAAUAUGUGUUAGGAUUUAAUGAUGAACCACUUUCAGAGAUAAAAAACAAGGAUGAAGAUCUAUUCAGAGAAGAAAUGGAAAGUCCAAAGGAAGCCAUUAAUGAAGAACUGAUGCAAACUGUUCUCAGGCCGAGUAAUUGUCGGACAUACUGUAGAUCAAACAAAACAAAAUUGCAGGGAAUGACAAAUUUUGAUAAGUUACUGGACGGCACGCUUCAACCUCUAGCCAAAGCCAACAGUGAUUCAAAUACUGAUGGUGUGAACCCAAUAAGAAAAGUUGCUUUAAGUAGCGGGACCAGUUUUAAAGGGACAGUGGGAAGGACUAGAGACUACACUGUUCUCCACCCAUCAUGCUUAUCAGUUUGUAACGUUACCAUUCAAGAUACCAUGGACCGUAUCGAUGAAUUUGCCACAGCGACGCCUACUGAUCUGGGGGAGGCGGGGCGUCUGAGAAAGAAGGCCGACAUAGCCACAGCCAAGACCACAACCAGAUUCCGGCCUAGCAAUACCAAAUCCAAGAAAGAUGUCAAGUUAGAAUUCUUUGGCUUUGAUGACCACGAUGAAGGAGGGGGUGGUGAAGGUGGAUCUAGAACCUCUGGAAGCUCCAAUUACAAAAUUAAAUACUUUGGUUUUGAUGACUUAAGUGAAAGUGAGGAUGACGAUGAAGAACGACUGUUGGAAAGGAAAGUCAAUAAAAAAAGAAGUCAAAUGACAGCCACCUCUUCCUCGCAGCAAUCCACUUCUGAAGGAAAUGAGAGCUAUUCCCAGGACAGCCAGUCGAGCGCCAAUUCAGAAGAGCCUAAAGCUACUGUGAUUUUAAGUCAAAAGAAGGUGGCUGUACGUUUUUCUGGAGAUAAAAUAGAGCUGCUGGAGUUUGCAGAAGAUUCAUCCAGUGUUCCUGAAAGCAAUAAGAAAUCUACCAAUCCACAAGGUGAUAAGUCUAAAGAAAAUACACGAAAGAUAUUUAGCGGACCAAAGAGGUCACCAACGAAGGCUGUGUACAAUGCUAGACAUUGGAAUCAGCCAGAAUCUGAGGUUCUCCCAGCACCACAAGGGCUGAGCAAUCCAAGUGUUCCAGCGAGGUCUUCAAAAGAGGCAAUUCCUAAAGAUGAUGGGGUGUUCAAAGCUCCAGCACCACCUCCCAAAGUAAUAAAAACUGUGACUCUACCAACUCAGCCCUAUCAGGAGAUAGUAACUGCCUUGAAAUGUAGGAAAGAAGACAAAGAACUAUAUACUGUUGUGCAACAUGUGAAACACUUCAAUGAUGUAGUAGAAUUUGGAGAAAAUCAAGAAUUCACAGAUGAUAUUGAGUAUUUAUUAAGUGGACUGAAGAGCAGUCAGCCCCUAAACACCCGUUGCCUUAGUGUUAUCAGUCUGGCGACCAAGUGCGCCAUGCCCAGUUUCCGAAUGCAUUUGAGAGCACAUGGAAUGGUUGCAAUGGUCUUCAAAACACUGGAUGACUCACAGCAUCACCAGAACUUAUCGCUUUGUACAGCAGCUUUAAUGUAUAUCUUGAGCAGAGACCGCUUAAACAUGGAUCUAGAUAGAGCCAGCUUAGAUUUAAUGAUUCGACUUCUGGAACUUGAGCAGGAUUCUUCAUCCAAGUUGUUUAACGAAAAAGACAUGAACAAAAUAAAGGAAAAAAUCAGAAGACUCUGUGAAACUGUUCAUAAUAAACACCUUGAUUUGGAAAAUAUAACGACUGGUCAUUUGGCAAUGGAGACCCUGCUCUCUCUCACUUCGAAGCGGGCAGGGGACUGGUUUAAAGAAGAGCUGCGGCUUCUUGGUGGUCUGGAUCAUAUUGUAGAUAAAGUUAAGGAAUGUGUGGAUCAUUUAAGCAGCGAUGAAAAUGAAGAGAAAUUGGUCGCUUCACUCUGGGGAGCAGAAAGAUGUUUACGGGUUUUAGAAAGCGUAACAGUUCACAAUCCAGAGAAUCAAAGCUAUUUAAUAGCAUAUAAGGAUUCACAGCUCAUAGUCUCUUCAGCUAAAGCAUUACAGCAUUGUGAGGAGCUAAUCCAGAGAUACAACCGAGCAGAAGACACCAUCUGUCUUCCAGACAGUAAGCCACUGCCUCACCAGAAUGUAACAAACCAUGUGGGUAAGGCAGUAGAAGACUGUAUGAGAGCCAUCAUUGGUGUCUUACUCAAUUUGACAAAUGAUAAUGAGUGGGGGAGCACCAAGACCGGGGAGCAAGAUGGCCUUAUUGGCACAGCUCUGAAUUGUGUGCUGCAGGUUCCAAAGUUCCUACCUCAAGAACAGAGAUUUGAUAUUCGGGUUCUGGGUUUGGGUCUUUUGAUCAAUCUGGUUGAAUACAGUGCAAGAAACAGACAUUGCCUUGUGAAUAUGGAAACAUCGUGUUCCUUUGAUUCCUUCUGCUUGGGAGAAGCUGAUGACAGCUUUAGCACAUCUGGACAAAUAGCAGCUGUUCAGGCUCUAGUACAGUUGUUCCUCGAGCGAGAGCGAGCCGCACAGUUGGCCGAGAGCCAGACCGACGAGCUGAUCAAGGAGGCUCCCACCGCCCAACAAGACCAUAGUGGGGAGUGGCAGGAGACGAGUGGGGAGAUCCAGUGGGUCUCCACGGAAAAGCCAGAAAACGCAGAGGAGAAGGAUAAGAAGGAAGAAGACGAAGAAGAGCUUGAUCUGAACAAAGCCCUUCAGCAUGCGGGGAAGCACAUGGAAGACUGCAUUGUGGCCUCUUACACAGCCCUGCUGCUGGGCUGCCUCUGCCAGGAGAGUCCAAUCAAUGUGACUACUGUAAGGACAUACUUACCUGAAGGGGACUUCUCAAUCAUGACAGAAAUGCUCAAAAAGUUUCUUAGUUUCAUGAACCUUACUUGCGCAGUUGGAACUACAGGCCAGAAAUCUAUCUCUAGAGUGAUUGAAUACUUGGAACACUGCUAGUUACGCACGCCGGGCCACAGGCACUCAAACGCUGGAGCUCUUUCGUUCGGGCGAAGCAAGCAGUUGUGACGGAAGCCCUCGAGGAUGCAGCAAGAGCACUCACGAGUCUCAUUUUGUGUUUGGAUUUUUAAGGCUACCUGGUCUCUCAACCCCGCAUGGCAUUUUCUGAAAGACAGUCACCACUUCAAUCUGCAACUAUCAAAAAUGAGAGGGAGAACAUCCGUGGAAAGUCAGCUGAGAAUUCCCGAUGUUUAUAGCAACUCAGUGCAGUCUGUCCGUAUCUUUGGCCUCUUUCUCCUUCUGGCUUUCUUUGUGGCAGCGUUCAAAGGGGGAACCGUGCGGCUGGUAACGCAACUGCUGUUUACUGUUGAGCCAACUGUUCUUUUCGUGCCAGCCGGGGGCAAAGGCAGCUCUAGCUCCUGCGGUAUCGACAAAAUCUAAUAAAAGUGCUCUGGGCAGCAGCCUAGCCCUGAUUUGAGUUUAAUUUGCUCUUGCUUUUGAAAGAGAUUGUUCCAAACUGAUAAAAGCAGAAAAAGUUUUUUAAAAUACUUUUUGUGAUCUUAACUACUGUCUAUAUUUAAAAUGUGUUGGAAUCCAAAGAGGCUGAGGCUCGGAUAGUUUAUUUUUUUAUACUGUUUUGAUUGAAAAUUGGGUUGUUGGAAGCUGCUUCUCAGUUUUUAAAAUUGUUGUGGCCUACGUACUGUAAACUGAUUGACCGUAAGACAUCAUCGCUCUGAGAGAGGCAUGCAGGAAAAAAAAAUCCCCUCCCAGCUGGUGUCUAUAUCUAUAUUUUUUUAAAAAUGCAGUAAAAUAUGCCCUCCUAAAAGGCUAGUGUGAAACCAUGUUCAAUUCCAGGGUCGUUUACACUGCAGAAUAAGCAAAAACUUUUAAAUGCUGUCAGUUUGUUUCAAGGAAACGUGGAGCUAAAUCACCAGUGGGGACGGAUAUUUCCAGUUAACGCAAUCUUUCUAUUUCUUCUUGAGCAUUGAGCAGGUAAAUGCAUACAAUACAAAGCCUUAAAUAGCUGAAUAUAGCAAAAAUUUUGUUCAGUGUAGAGUCUAGUUCACAGCAAAGGAUUGUGUUGAGACUUCUGUGGAACAAAAAUCCCUGCAAAAUACUCCUGUUUCAUUUUGUUGUGUUCUGAACCUUAGGGACUCUCUUGCACUCAUUGUUCUGACUGACAGAAUUGCUCAUGAUUUUUAUUAAGCUGGUCUUGAACAUUCACAGAGUUUCUUGGGACAUUUGUGUCACAGACACUUUUCACAUUACCUGUGUAGGUAGUUGCAUCAUAUUACUUUGAAUUUGUAAAACUUGAAGCCAUAAAAAUAUUCGUUCUGUGUAUAAUGAGGGAAGGGAGAAAUAACAGAAAAUCUAACCUGCUUUUUAGAUCUUGUUAUCUCCAUGUAUAAAGUUACAAACGUGCUUUUGUAUCAGUGCAAGCUGUACAUUUUUUUACACACAGUGGCUGCCUUCUAUGUCUUCCUAUUUUUGAUAAUGCAGAUUGUUGGAAAUCCAGUAUGGAAGUAAGUGAUUAGAAACAAAAGCUUAUCCUCUUCUCUUUUUUUUUUUUCUCCCUUUGUUCUCACCACCUUAAGAAAACCGGACUCCCCCCCCCCCACCAGCGUACCAGUGUAACUUAGAAAAGACAGCGGAGGCUGUGUUUGCCCUUGGAUGAAGGACAAGGGAGGACACCUUAAUAAAGCUGGACUUGUAAAUUAUUUUUGAGAUGCAGGAUUUUCUGGAUAUACUUUUGGCAUUUUAGUUUUAACAAUGUAGAGCAAACGGCUUCCAGUUUGAGUUUGAUUUCAUGUAGCUUUAAGUUAGGCUUUUGUGUAUGCAUCGUGGCGAAGGAUGAUUAAAAUAGACACAAUUAUGGGGAAAUCAGGAACCACCCUUCUCUGUUACACUGGUAAUGAACCGAAUGGGAACUGAUUAAACUCUUGUGUUGACAGUUUUAAAUUAACAGGCACUGAAACAUGCAGAUGGUUUGGGGGAUGUUUUGCAAGGGUCAGGGGAAACGCCCCCUGCAGAGCUGCGGUGUAUUUUCUUGUCAAACCCUCAUCAAACUCUGCAUUUCAAUGGGUACUUGAGGCCAACCUUCAAAUCUAAAGUUUUAAAAUAACUUUUUUUUUCCCACUGUAAAUAUGUGUGUAAAUAAGCGCAAUUGGAAACUAGAACAGUAGAGUACUUUUCUGAAUCCAAUCCUAUUUUUAUUUUAUACAGUAUUUCUCAGCUGUGAUCUUUGGAGCAAAAGCCAACGGCAGGAAUAAUAGUUUGUACCAGUUUCAUGAAGUAUGUCUUUUGGUUUUUGUAAAUAAUUUUAACUCGAAUAAAAAUUGCUACUUUCAAUACAUAA